AUGAGUCAAGGAUAUUUAACCGAUUAUCCCUUUGACUUUUAUAUACGGUAUCAGACCUCGUCCACUGGCUUUUGUUCGCGCGCCUGCCAUGCAAAGGAAGCCGCCAAGACUCAAAUACCACCUUGGGCAACGCUGCGUGGAACGUCCUCCAGCCGCUUUCAAAAGGCCAAGGCAAUUGCGAGCUGUGCUAGCAUCCGACGUAGUCCCAUCCUAUUAUUCAAUUGCAAAUACUCUCCAAAUGGCCCGGUAGCAUCUGCAGCAGCUAGUACUACGACCGUCACUAUACCAAGCUCUCCAGCUUCCCCUCCAUCGCCCAGAAGCAGGUCUCCCAGGCGACAGUUGCUGGGGGAAACCACCAGUACCAUGACAGAUGUGUCUCCACGCAACCGAUCCUUGUCAUCACCACCGGAACGCUUCACCACCACCAGCACAUACAACAGCAUGACGUUAAGCGACAACGACCAUCAUCAAGUUUACACGGUACAGGCAGCCCCUCCUCUAUCCUCUCAAUCUGCAACCACUACCACUGUUUAUGGUCGUCAUCAUGAGCAGUAAAGCCAACAACAAAAACAUUAUUUGUCAGCAAUACGUUAUCCGACUAACUGUAAAUCUUCUAAUGAAGAAUAACCCUGAGGAGGGUUGUUCCGUGUUAGAAUUAUACCUGCAUUACAGCAUACUAAAAAAACCG